AUGGCAACAUCAGAGCACGAGAACGUUGGCGAUUUAUCGAUUGUCAAAUGCGAAGAGGAAGAACCAAAUCCGCUAGACAGUCAUCAUACCGAAGACAACGAAGAACACGUUGAGUCCCACGAUUUCCUCUUCAAGCAACCCGCACCUCCGGUCCCGACAUCGUAUAAUGUCCGUGACGCUCAAGAUCUUCAAGCGAUUCAGGAGCGCUUCCUCCGAGCAUUUAUUUCAAAGCAAAGAGACGCGGAAGAGAAUGGAGAUGAGCAUUCUCACAAGAAAGAUUCGUGUUGCGGACCGAAAAAGAUAAACGGUGUCGGAGAACUUCUUUCUAAUCUCAGAAAUCCUCCGAAAUGUCACAAGGAGAGAAUUGUGCUCGGCGGUGAUGGAAAGCCGAUCGAGAAGCUACGCGAGUUUCGUGCUACACUUAACUACAUCGAUCCGUCGGAAGAAUUCGACAAAUGUGUUAUUCCUCAAAUGAAUCAAGAGUUUUGUGCGCCGGAUCUCAAUAUGGUGCCCGCAUCUUCAAUGAGUAUGAAGCAGAUUCGAGAUUUCGUUCGUAAAAGCAUGUUUCGAUGCAAGGUCUGCAAAAAUCGAUUCGGUGAGAUGUAUCUGCUGGAGAAACAUCUGAGGGACACGCAUCCGAAAGCUUAUAUUGCAUUUUUGGAGGAACAGAAGAAAAUGUCAGAGUUCAUGAUUGAAAUUGAAAAGGAGCGUGCUCGCAUUGAAGAACUUGUCAGUGGUGGAUUCAUUCCUCCGGAGUCUGAAAUUGAUGCCGAAUCGAAUGAUCUAGACCCAAAUACGAUUCCAUUGCCAGGAGAGAACAGUCAAGGACAUGUUCCACGUCUUAAUCGUUUUGGUGGACUUAUGUACCCGAUGGAUGCGCUUAAAAAGAAGUUUCCUUAUUUCAAAAAGCGCUCGCCACAAUGCCCGUUCUGUGAUAAACGCUUCCGUAAUGACAUCUCCUUCACAAAUCACAUUAAUAAGAAGCAUCCAGAAAGUGCAGAUUUUAUUCAGUGUCUUCAGUGCUUCAAAUGUCUGCCCUCACAGGCUGAUCUCGCUGAUCAUGACUGUGAUCUAACUUAUCUUUGUCUCGAUUGUCGUCCAGUUCGCAACAUGUGCAACGCCUAUCGUCUCUUCAAGCAUCGUUCCAAAUUCCACCGUGGCAACAAUUCGGGAUUCCGUUGUCCAGACUGUCCCCAGAAGUUCUUGACGCCAAGAAAGUUACGCAAGCAUCGUAAAAUGUCGCACAUUUUCACAAAAACCUACCAAUGUCAUUUCUGCGAAGAGUUUUUCAUUUCGGACGUCGCUGUCACGGUUCACGAACGCAUCCAUACCGGAAUACUGAAGUUUGAGUGCAUCGUAUGUGAUUUCAAAGCUAAUCGAUACAUGCUGAUGGAGCAGCACGCUAAGGAACAUCAUGGAUACGUUUGCUCAGUUUGUCAGCUCAAAUGCCCAAAUUGGAACGAUAUUAAAGACCACAUGUUCACUGAACAUUCAUGUUACGUCACCGAAGACGCUUCGCACGCCUACAUCGAAUCGCCACGUAUUUGGCUCAUGUACAAGGGAGAGUAG